AUGACGGGAAAACAUACUGACGCAUCGACAGCACGGACUGAUAUAAAACCAAACAUGCGGACAGACCUACAGGACAAGCAAACAGACAGACAGGAGGAAGUGACGGACGCACUCAAAAAACAGUCAGACAUUUGGACAAGACGUACGAGCAAGGACGAACUGAGGAUGACGGGGUCACCCUCAGAGGAUGAGCUCUUGGCCUCCAGCCAAGAAACAGUUGGGGGCAAAGCUGUGGGCCACAGUACGCCAACAACUAUAAAUGAACCAACAACAUCCGCUAAAGCCAUGGGGCAAAAGCGUGGCAAUAAAGGUCCCUCGAGGUAUAAACUUUACCAGAGGUCUCUCGCUAUCCUUGGCAGGAUUCGGAAAAACGAGACCGAAGGUAAAGUUCAUCCCAAAGAUGAGACCGACAAGGCAAGAUGCCAAAAGGUGGUUGAUGAAUACUUGGCAUUUCAAGCCGCCAACAGGACAGAUGCCAAAAAACGAAACCGCUCGCAUGACGAAACUGGGAAGGUAACAAAGAAGCACAAGAUAUCGGAUCAGGGUGCAGUUGCCUCCAAACCUAUCAAGCGAUUUAGUGAGGUGGCACGGGACCAUCUCCAAAUGGCAUUGGUAGACGAAACCUCUAACCGCGGAAAACCAGUGCUUGACAAAUGGUCAGAGAUUGAGGCACGGUUGUCUCGCAUAGUCGUUGACCAUGUCAUGGCGAACCCGGAGGGCCAAACACCAGGUUUCGACUCGGUGGAGGUGGUCCGCGGCUGCCGUGUCACUAAAUGCGAUGACCAAUUCUCACUGCAUUUCUUGACAAAUGUGAUUGGUAAAAUCCAGAACAGCUGGGAAGGCUUGAAACUCAAGCUAAUUCCGGCUAGCGAGAUUCCACGAAGGCCGAGGGCCCGCAUCUGGGUACCAAACAUGGAGUUUGAUGCCAAUCAACUAAUCCCCUACCUUCAGGCGCAUAAUCGCUCGGUGCCGAUGACUGAUUGGUCGAUCAUCAAAGCGGAGGCUCCGCAAAGGCACAGCAGAUCAUUCCUCCUUCUAAUUACAGAAGAGAGUCUGGAACCACUGGAGAAAGUGGGAAACAAACUUCAGUUUGGGAUCAGGAAGACCCAGCUGAAGAUAUUCCGUCCUGCAAACCCGGAAGAGGAGCAGGAUGAGGUCGAUGGUGCCAACGAACUGCUGACUGGCAUGCAGCUAGAUGACACCGAGUCCGAAAAAGGAAACCAGUAA